GCCUUGGCUUGCCUGGUCGAGUGGGUUUGAAGCCUUGCUGGCAAGGCGUGAGAGGAUAGGAGGAUUAGGACAGACACACCAGACCGGAUAAUUGCUUUGACAUGCUAUUCGGACAAACGAUUUCGUGACAUGGAUGAUGGACGAUGGAUGGAUCCGGCAUGACUCGAUCAGGUUUUCAUUGCAUAUUACCGAAUCCCCGAGUCAUCGGUUCAUCGUGGGUGUCUUCUUGCGUCGAGCAGCAGCAGUCUCAGGUCAGACAACUGAUUCGGAGUCAGCAGCAGCAGUACACGGAACCAAGAUCAGACGUCACUCAUUGCCUUCAAUUUCUUUCUCCACUUCAAUGUCCUCGUGAAGAUACAAAAAGGUGAACGAGAAGAACCCCCUCGAUCUGAGACUUUUCGUUCUCUAGGUCAGCCAGCACUUCACUUCCCUCUCAAAGUCUUCUCACUGCCUGAUUCCACCUCUCCUCCCCUUCCAGUUCAGACCAAUCCCAUCCCAAGUCUAUCUAUCCCCCAUACCCAAUCAACAAAAUGGGCAACCGAGCCGUCGAAAUCAAUGGUUUCACCAAUACGGUGACAACUGAUAACCACAUCACCACACGUGGUUCAUCAUGGCUCUUCGCAGUCACUGCAUUCAUGGGCUUCUCGUCUCUUGUGUUCAUGGGCUUGUCGUUCAUGAAACCUCGAACCCAAAGACUCUUUCACUAUCUCCUCGCCGCUUUGACUUUGAUCUCGGCCAUCGCCUAUUUCUCUCAGGGAUCUAAUCUCGGCUGGACGGCAAUUGAGGUCCAAUGGUCCAGAAGCAAUGCAAAGGUCGCGGGUGAUAUGCGACAGAUUUUCUAUGUUCGAUAUAUUGACUAUUUCAUCACCAUACCUCUCUUGUUGGCCACUCUUCUCUUGACAGCUGGACUCCCCACCCCAACUAUCUGGUAUACUCUUCUCAUCAGCGAAGUCUUUGUCGUAACUCGUCUAGUCGGAGCUUUGGUCAAGAGUACUUACAAAUGGGGAUUCUUCACAUUCGGCCUCUCCUCCCUGUUCUUCCUUCUCUACACCAUCAUCAUCGAAGGCCGCGCCUACUCUCGCCCAUUAGGCGCCGACCUGACCCGCCUCUACGGCAUCCUCUCAAUCUGGACCGCCUGCAUCCUCCUGGUCUACCCCAUCAUCUGGGGUGUAUCUGAAGGUGGAAACGUCAUCCCCUUGGACUCGGAGAUGAUCGCCUACGGCAUCUUGGAUAUCCUGACAAAACCCAUCUUUGGUGCAGUUUUGCUCUGGGGGUUGAGAAACGUUGAUCUCGAGCGUCUGGGCAUUCAGGUUCGAGAUGCUCAUGAGGGCAUUGCGACCGAGCCCGUCGCAGAUGAGAAGAAGACGGAAGCGGAUGUGAGUGCGGGUGUUGUGAAUGGUGGUGGUAGUGGUGGUGUUGCGACGGCACCUCAAACUGUCUAAGUUAAGUCAGAGGGAAUUCCAAAAGCAUAGCUGUUUGGUCAACCCUUUCUGACCUUAGCAUCACCCACCCAUAGUGGUCAGGUCCAGGUCCCGAUUUACCCUCCAUUCUAUCUUAAUUUCUAAUCCGGACUUCCACUUCCACCCAAGCCUCCGACUGCUCCGGACUAAUAUUACGAAUUUUCAAGCUUGGAAGUCCCUAAUGUCCCGAAGACUCCGAAUACCCCUGCCACUGAAGACAGUCGUCUUGGAUAAUAUCUAAUACCAAUCAUCAUCACUCGUUCCAGAAUCAUGGCUGUCAUGUUAUAUCCCCUCUUUAGUCACUAUCAUGUUCCUGUCACUUGCUUGGAUACCCCAAGGAAGCUAACUUGCAUGAAAGGGAAUCGCAAUAUAUCUAUAUCUAAAUAUCAAUAUCAAUAUACCAAUAUAC